GCUUUAGUAAUUUGUUCAUCGUUGGCCGCACGAAUGUUUUAAAAAAAAUCUUCAUAUCUUACGUAAUCUAGACUAACUCAAGUGCCCUUUUAGCAGGCUGUAAAUUGAUUUUUAUUUUAAGUUGAAGUUUACGUGAGCGCGCUGAUCUUUGUCAGCUUGCAAAAUUAAUGAUAAUAGUAAUGGUAGUAAAAUUUGUCAUUUCACAUUGUUUCUUCUUCUCCUGUAUGACAUAUAAUAGCCGUAGUGUGGAUCACGUUCGAGAUCAUUCUCUCCUCUCCAUCUGUCUGUCUCUUUGCUAGUAAAACAGUGAGAAGGCGUAGACAAACAUAGCUUCAAUUUUCAGUGUGACACCAAGGCGCCUUUCAAUUGACCCAAACGCACAUUGCUCUGUAUGGAUUUUGUUUCAUAAAUGUUUACAAGACCUCGAGUGAUAAAUUACAAUGUUUUUUUUUCAGUUUUCUUUUUGGAUAAAAAUCUUAAUCUCUCCUAAUUGCAGACAUGUUGCUUAUUGUUCAUAGUAAAGAACCUUCCAUUGAGUAAUGACCUAAAUCUGCUAAUCUGUUCCUAGGCUUAGUCAAGGAAAUUAUGUUGUGUAUCGGGCCAUAUUAUGCCAAGUUUUUUGGGCUUUAUUUACCGUUACAAGGAUUAUUCAGCAAAACAUUGACCUCGCUAUCCAAACUGCACACGUACUUGAAAUUUCACAAACCGUAGCAAAAAUACUCACCACAAAGACAAGCAACAACACUGUAAAGAGUCUGUAAACUCAUAUUUUGUGCCGAAUUUUACCUAGGCCUUGACGUAUUUGCCUGGUUUGCCUGGUUCAUUGGUAUUUUUUCUGGGGUGGUGAUUUCAUGUUAUAUAAUGUAUCUACACACCAGCCUUUCAGUUAUAAAAAUAUGUUUGAUUGGCAUUGCUUCCUCGGUUCGUUACAAUCUUACAAAUGACGUGAAUUGAUAAAUUGGAUACGAGAAGAAAUUAAAGAAUAACAAAAAAACAAGACAGCAAAGUGACAUAAAUAUUAUCGCCCGGUCAAUAUUGAUUUCAAACAUUUCAUACUUGCGUGUUUAUAAUUGGAGACCUCAGUGCUUUGUCAACAGUGCAAAAGAUGUUCCUCUCUUGUACUCACUCUAUCGCGCGACUUGUGAUCACAAGUUUUGACGUGACGUCUCUAAAUCAGUUGGAAUCGGAAGUGGUCAUCAUUUCCGAAUUCCCGGUAAUUUCCUGUCUGCUUGUCAGAUCAAGCGGACCUGGACAGCUAUAUAAAUUCUAAAUCCCUGUAAGCGGUUCAUUUUUAUACUCGUCCUACGCUCGAUCUCAAAUCUGCUCGGUGGCUUGUGGACUUUUUUUUUUAAGUGGUCAGCGAUGGAAACGAAAUCUAUACAGGUGGUUACCUGUUUUGCGGGCCUCGUGCUGUUCGCUUGUGUCCGUGUAUCAAAAGGUGGCAAGACCUGUUUCCUGAACCACGAGUGUAAAAGAACGGACCGGGUCUAUCAUGUGAGCCCCAUUAACGAUUGCUGUCAGUCUCCACAAAACGCAGGCGGAAACUUGUACUACCGCAGUUCCAACACCUCAAUCCCUUUCUUCUUGCAAUUUUUUCAAGCCUGUUUACCGUGUGGCCCGCGAACAGUUAACACAAACGCAUCUGAGAGCAAGGUAGAACGUCCUCCCGAUAAAGUCUGUACGGCAAGGGCCAGGAUGAUGCCGAACGGACAGUUGAAAUGUUUUUGUAGUGGCUGCAGUCGCAGACAAUACCAGCCAGUGUGUGGCAAUGAUGGCGGUAACUACAGCAGUGAGUGCGAACUUCGAAAGAAAGCUUGCCGUCAUCGUAGAUCUGACAUGGAGGUGGCUUAUGAGGGAACAUGCCAAUACGGAUGCGAUAAGGUGGUGUGCCGUAACAAUGGCACUUGUAUGGUUGAUCAGUACAAGCGUGCCUCCUGUGUUCAAAGCUGUGACUCCCUCUGCCCCAAACGUGCGAAAAAAGAUGGGCCCCUGUGUGGUGCUGAUGGCGUUCAGUAUGAAAGCAGUUGUCAUCUCAGGAAAGAGACCUGCAAACAAGGAAAAGCUAUUGGCAUGGCUUACAGAGGCAAAUGUAUUGUAAACGCGUCAUGUGACAAUAUAAACUGUGGUAACAAACUGUGUGUUGCGGAUGCUUCCGGGAGACCUCGGUGUGUCACGUGCUCCUGUAACAUGUCCGACCCAAGAAAGGCUGAGCGUGGGUGUUCGAAAAACCUCCAACCCAUGACUCUGUGUGGCACUGACCGAAAGACUUACCAGGACUACAGCAGUUUGCGCAAGGAAAUGUGCAAAAUCAAGACAUUUAUUGAUGUGGAUCAUCUUGGAGCUUGUAAAGGUGACAAGGCAGUCCAAGGUGAGAGGCCUGGGGACGAACCGCCAGAUGAAAGUUCAACUUCCGGUGAAUCGAUGACUACGGACGACAUAGGCCAGUACUACAUCUCCCUCAAACAUUUUGUGAACAUUUUGAAAAAGAAGUAUGGACUGGAUAUUGCAGCACCCAAGUACAAAAAAAUGGACCGUAGGGAUAAAAUAGUAUUAAUGAGUACACUCAUAAAAGCAUUGAAAAAGAACUGGCGAAAGGUGAAGCCUUACCAGUAAGUCCGUGAUUUCAAUGGUUUCUGGGUGAAUCGGUCGAUUAAGUCAGAGAUCCAUGUGGUUUGGAGACGAACGUAGGACUAGGGUAAUUUGUGUUUAAUUUACAAAUUGGAGUGUAUGAAACUUUUUUGCUAAGAUAUUGCUUUGAUGAGAGAAAACAAUCAUGAUGCGAUCAGGCGGAUCCAGGAAUUCCUGAAAGGAGAGGGAGGGGGUUGUCCACCUUAAUAACUUUCGACGCCAUCGGCUGGAUGGGAAGCGCCGAAGGCGCGAGAUUCUAGAGGUGGGGAGCAGGGCAGAGCCAUGCCUCCCCGGAAGAUUCUUCCGAAUUUUACCCUCUAAAACGCCAUUUUCAGCAUUCCUGACGCUUGAAAAGGGUUUUUGAAGGCAUGAUAUAAAAUCUAGAGGUUACCUCACUUCUCAACCAGAAAACCCAAUUACGGGUAGCAACCGUUCCCAUACCAAUCAGAGUAUCUUCGUUUUCUCUCCCUACAAUUUUCGCGCGCCAUGAAUGCGAAAAAGAAGACUACAACUCAGAGCGAUUUCUAAAGAAGAACAUUUAACUUUUAAGUUCGUAUGACGUUUGUAUGAGACGCCAUGUUAAUCAAAUGGUAGAAUUUGAACAACUUAGUCGUUGUGCGUGGAAAAUAUAUUCAUCGUCAGGGAUGAUUUAUUCCAGUGCGCUGUGUAAUUUGUAGUUAACUCAAUAUAGCCUAUUUAUAGUCAGAAGUGGUCAAUUUGUAAUAAUUUGUGAUUUAGCUUACAGGAGUUUACGCUACAGCGUCAUUUAUGGUCUUCCACGAUCUCUGUCAUUCUUCUUCUUUUGAUGGCUUAUUGGAAACUCUUUAGGUUUUUUGGCUUAAGUGAACUAAAAUUUUGCAAAUCUUUCCUUCAAUUUGAAGAAAAUUCUGUACAUUGAAACAAUGGCUUAAGAUAGCUGUAUUGUUUUGUCAGCAUUUAGUAUUUACAAUAGUAAUUGGACUGAGUGGAGUGCAAUUCAGGGAGUAAUCGUGUGCGUAAAUUUAAAAUCGGACGAGCGCGCAGCGUGAAGCCCAUUUUGAAUUACGAGCACGAUUACUCCCUGAAUAUUGCACGACACGAGGUCCAAUUACUAAUUAAUCGUAUCUAUAAAAAAGAUGUCUUUUGAGAACUUCUUUCAAGAAUUUUGUUACAGAUACGAUUACUCAGCACAUUGUAGCCAGGCUUUUCAUUCCCAAGAUUGAUGCAUAAUUAAUUAUUACUACUUGAUUAGCGGUCCGUCUCUUAUGCUAGGUAUUGACUUGCAGGCCUAUAUCUAGGAACCUCAGAUUUUAUAAAUGCAUUGGACAACUACUAAUAUCUUCUAUUUAAAAUAAAGAAAAACGCACCCUUAUUUAGAUAACCCGAUAAUGACAGCGAGUGCCGCUUAAAGAGACUUGUAAUUCAUCUCGUUACCAGUCUUACCCCUGCAGAUCAUCAAAAGCGAAGGCUCUGAGAACGAGUUUGACAAACUCGUGUCAAGUCCCGGCGGCAACGGCUCACUCUCGUGUUCGUUUAAAUAUGAAAAAUAUUACUUCUUUAUCACGAAGCUACGAAAUGUGGUGUGAUGUGAUUAUCUUGUAAAGUGGCUCCUUACGAGAGUGCAUGUCAUAUACUCAAAGUUUUAUAAAAAAAUUAUUUUCCUACUUGAAUGUCGUGUACAUGUAAUUUAUUGUAUUUAGCAUUUUUAAGGUGUAAAUUUAUUGCAGUAUGUACCUUUGUAAACCUUACCUUUUAGCAAGAAACGCACUUUACUGCUAUUUUUGAUGAUUUUUCCACAAUUUUGUAUUUAGUAAACUAAGAAGAGCCAUAAAAUAUAUGUAAUAUAAUAUUAUUAAAAUUUGCCGUUUGUUUGUA